CUGCCGGAUGUGUCUGACUAGUAUUAGCUAGAGGACACAGUUCUGUUUCAGUGUGCGGCGCUGACCUCCGGCUGUCGAUGAGAAAAGUCAAAUGGCGGGCAGCAGACUAGAGAAGUUUGGAACCGUAUUCACCCGGGUUCGAGACCUGAUGCGCUCCGGAGUCAUAAAGCCAUCAGAGAAACCUGUCUGGUAUGAUGUCUACCAGGCUUUUCCACCGAAGAGGGACCCGCUUCACGUGAAGCCACACUUCAGACCCAGCACCAAGAAACAGGAGACGGUGCCUGAGAUCUUCUACAGAGAGGAUGAAGUGAGAGCGAAGUUCUAUGAGCGCUACGGGGCGGGUCGGCCACUCGAUCUCGCCAAAUCAAACUUUGUCUCUACGUGUCAGAGAUUUGUGGACAAGCACACGGAGUUAAAGAGCCGCAGCGAGCUGGAUGACUCCGCUCUGUUUGAGGAGACUGGGAAGGCUUUACUCGCCGAGGGCGUCGUGCUGAGGAGGAGAGGAGCUCCUCCUGUGGCAGCAGAGUCCAGGGAUCCAGUGCUGGAGCUGAAGCUGACAGACAUGCUGGCAGAGCAGCAGUCAGCCGGUGUGGACAGCAAAGAGACAGUGGACCACAGCACACACACACACACAUCAUAGACUUCAACUCGAGAGCGAGUGGACGAGCUGCAGAUUCUGCACUCGAGACGUGUGAGUGACAUUAGAAGCUGUGGUCGUGUUGCUGCUCCUCCAGUCCGUCAUGGAUCUGCUCUCUGGACUGUGUGAAGACCAGUUUCAUGUUUCCUGACGUCACUUAGAUAUAAAUUCACUGCGAGCCACAAACGCUGAGUCUACAUCACAGCAGAGGAUGGGCUGGAAAAUACCUGGACAUGGUCUAUGCACAUGUUUUAUAUAUAUAACAUAUGAUUCAUGUACAGACAGGUGACAAAUUAAAGGAAGAACCAACAUACA